UAAAAUAUUUGAUAUUGCCCUGUAAUGGUCAGGAAGCGUUGCGACAAUCGCAGAACCCAUCUGACUGGAGUAGAUUCUCCUCCCUAACCUCUUCGUCACCUUCAUUUAUCUCAAUCUCCAUUCCCUUUCUUUCCGCCCCUAAUUUCUUCAACCCCGAAACGAACCUUUCUUCUCCGGCCUUGCGCGGCGCGUCCCAGUGUUGAGAAUCGCGGAGAUCUGUGCUUUUUCGUCGUCCGAUAAGGAAUGGCUUGGAGGCAUCUUAUCACCCGGGUUUCGAGGAAUAAUUUGGAAUUCGGACAGUUAAAGAAUGCGUUGAUUAAUGCAUAUUAUCCCGUCAAUAAGGGCGGAGUUGGUGGUGGAGUAUAUCAAUUAUUGACGUCUCAGAAGAGAUAUCAGUCCAGCUAUGUCGGGAACCUAGCUCGAAGAGUGCGGGAUGCAGAUGAGGCCAGUGAAGUUGCUCAUCUUAAAGAACUCUUCCGUCGAAACGAUCCUGAAGCUGUCAUAAGAUUAUUUGAAACUCAGCCAUCGUUGCACCACAAUGCUACUGCCCUUUCUGAAUAUGUUAAAGCAUUGGUGAAAGUUGACAGGCUGGAUGAAAGUGAACUACUUAAGACAUUGCAGAGAGGCAUUUUAAAUGCAUCUAGGGGAGAGGGAAGCAUUGGUAGCAUAGCGGCUUUCAGUAAUGUUGGUAAACAGUCAAAAGACGGUAUUCUUGGAACCUCAAGUGCUCCCAUCCAUAUGGUGGCGUCUGAAGGGGGGCAAUUUAAGGAGCAGCUCUGGCGUACAAUUCGCACUAUUGCACUGGCUUUUCUAUUGAUUUCUGGUGUAGGAGCACUCAUUGAGGAUAGAGGAAUUAGCAAAGGUCUGGGUUUGAAUGAAGAAGUGCAACCUAGCAUGGAAUCUAAUACAAAAUUCAAUGAUGUCAAGGGUGUGGAUGAGGCCAAGGCAGAGCUUGAAGAAAUUGUUCACUACCUUCGAGAUCCCAAGCGGUUCACUCGUUUGGGCGGCAAACUCCCAAAAGGUGUUCUACUUGUUGGUCCACCUGGAACUGGCAAGACAAUGUUAGCAAGAGCAAUUGCUGGAGAAGCUGGGGUACCAUUCUUCUCCUGCAGUGGCAGUGAGUUUGAAGAGAUGUUUGUUGGUGUUGGGGCUAGAAGAGUGAGGGAUUUAUUUUCAGCUGCAAAGAAGAGGUCACCAUGUAUUAUUUUCAUUGACGAGAUUGAUGCCAUUGGUGGAAGCCGUAAUCCCAAGGACCAACAGUACAUGAAAAUGACUCUUAACCAGUUACUCGUUGAACUUGAUGGUUUCAAGCAAAAUGAAGGAAUAAUUGUCAUUGCAGCAACCAACUUUCCAGAGUCUUUGGACAAGGCAUUAGUAAGACCGGGUCGAUUUGAUCGGCAUAUUGUUGUACCUAACCCAGAUGUUGAAGGACGAAGGCAGAUCCUGGAGUCACAUAUGUCCAAGAUAUUGAAGGCAGAUGACGUCGAUAUGAUGAUCAUUGCUAGAGGAACUCCUGGUUUUUCUGGUGCUGAUCUUGCAAAUUUAGUCAACAUAGCUGCUUUAAAGGCUGCAAUGGAUGGUGCUAAAGCAGUGAGCAUGGAUGAUCUGGAAUUUGCAAAGGACAAGAUUAUGAUGGGAAGUGAGCGCAAGUCUGCUGUCAUUUCUGAUGAGUCGCGAAAAUUGACUGCAUUCCAUGAGGGUGGGCAUGCCCUUGUGGCAAUUCACACCGAUGGAGCGCUUCCAGUUCAUAAGGCCACAAUUGUUCCAAGAGGAAUGGCUCUUGGCAUGGUUGCACAAUUGCCCGAUAAGGAUGAGACUAGUGUCUCCCGGAAACAGAUGCUUGCCCGUCUCGAUGUUUGCAUGGGAGGGCGAGUUGCAGAAGAGCUCAUUUUUGGAGAAAAUGAAGUUACUUCUGGUGCCUCAUCUGAUUUGCAACAAGCAACUUCUCUUGCUAGAGCUAUGGUUACCAAGUAUGGAAUGAGCAAAGAAGUUGGGCUUGUCGCUCACAAUUAUGACGACAAUGGGAAAAGCAUGAGCACAGAAACAAGGCUUCUUAUUGAAAAGGAAGUGAAGAACUUCUUAGGAGCGGCGUAUGCCAAUGCAAAAACAAUUCUUACCACCCAUAACAAGGAGCUCCAUGCCCUUGCAAAUGCUUUGCUCGAGCAUGAAACACUCUCUGGUAGUCAGAUUAUGGCUCUUCUUGCACAAGUAAACUCUCAGCAGCAGCAGCAUCAACAACAACAUCAACAAUUAGUUUCCACUCAGAGUAGCUCGCAGUCCAACCCUGUGCCACCCUCAGCACCAAACCCUGCUGCAUCUGCGGCCGCCGCAGCCGCGGCCGCAGCGGCAACUGCUGCAGCCAAGGCUAAAGGCAUUGCUCCUGUUGGAUCUUAACAGUAUGAUCCCUUUCAGUUGCGCUCUUUUUUCCUAUUCAUUGUGAAUAUAGUAACUUCCCUGCUGCCUUGUUGUCUCUUUUUUGGGUGAUUGUAGCUGCCACUAAGAUUAUGUAUCACUAUGCAUCUAAUUGUCGAUUGCUAGCUGUAGAAGAGGUGAAUGCAGUCAGUGUUAGCGGUUAGAGGAGUUCAUUGUCUUUUCUUUAUGCUUCUCUUCCAUUGUUUCGAUACUUAAAAAAUAAUUUUCUCACAUACAUACGUUGAAAAGUACUUAUAAGGCUCCCAUCUCAGUUGC